AUGUCUUUACAAUCUUUCACAAAGGAAAAGAAUAAGUCAGGCUCCCGAGAAUCAUGCAUCAUACCACUUCCAAUUUCUAUAUCCAGCACUAGUUCCUUCACAAAUACAAUUAUAACUACUUUAGCCAACCGCUUUCCACUUUUAACUUAUUACACUAGUAAUAUACAAAAAUCACGCGUAAAAGCGCGAGGAAGUUUUAAUUCUACCUCUAAUUCAGUGAUAGUCUCAGAAAAGCAAGAUAUACAGAAGUUAUGGAAGCAAGGUUUUUUCGGGAAAGGAAAUUUAUCAAGAAGUGAGCCUACUUUCGAAUGGAGAGAUGGUAAGAAAGGGGACCAGCCUUUAUCUGCAGAACAAAUAACACAGAACCGUAGGGUAGCAAGAGCAAAAAGGAAAAAGAACAAAAAGAACGUAUCUGCGUCUAUUAUCAACAAUGAAGAUAGCAAGGGCUUUAUUGACGUUAAUGAUGAUAAAAAUGAUACAGAAUCAACCUGUCUGAUUGAUACACUAGGACAGCCUGACGAUGAAGAUGAUAACAUUAUACAAAAUCAAUCUGCAUUUAUUCAAGAACAUUUACAACUUACGACAGAAGAAGCAUUUUUCUUAAGUUUUGGACUCGGAUGCUUGGAAAUAUAUGACACUAAUGACAAUUUGAUGACUAUCCGAGAUUGUUGGAACGCAUUUCGUAUAUCCACUGUAUCUAUAUCGUCUUUUCCAUCCAUUAUCACAUCUAACACUCCUCAGGAUUCACCACUAAUUCAAUCAGAUAAUCCAUUCAUUAUUCGAUAUGUUGUAUAUCAUUAUUUUCGCAGUUUGGGAUGGGUCGUUAGAGGAGGUAUGAAAUUUGGAUGUGAUUACGUGUUGUACGAAAAAGGACCUGUAUUCAAACAUGCAGAGUUUGUAUCUAAAUAUUCCAUGUUUCAUUAUUCUCGGUUACAAACCAAUUUAAUAACAAAGUCUUUUUUUGGAAUUACUAGAUAUUGCGUAAUAGUGCUUCCAUACUACCUUUCUGCCACAAGUAACACGAAUAACAACCACUUUCGUCAUAACGUUACGGCAUCUUGGCAAUUAAUGUCAAAUUUGAGCAGAUCAUUAGUAUUAUGUUAUGUAAUUAUUCCACCAUCUCCAUUAAAAACAAUACCAGAUUUACCAUCUCAUGAACAAAUCCAAACGUUAACUUAUUCAGAUAAUGACAAAAAUAAUUACA